UUUUUCAAAUCUCUUCAAAAUGCGUCUUUUGCUAAUAAAAUUAAUAAUAUAAAUGUAAUAUGAUUUUUGGUCAAUUAAUUAUAGGAGCUCCUGGUUCAGGUAAAACUACAUAUUGCUAUGGAAUGUCCCAGUUUUUAAAUGAAAUCAAUGAUAGAAUUUCUAAAAAGAUUGAACAAAAUAAAGAUUGCAAAUCGAUUAAGGAAGAAAUAACAUUUAAAAAUCCAAGGAAGGUGGCUAUUAUUAAUUUAGAUCCAGCUAAUGAAUGUGUUGCUUUUGAGCCUGAUAUUGAUGUUAGGACUAUUGUUCAAUUAGAUAAUGUAAUGAAGAAAUAUAAUAUAGGACCCAAUGGUGCUAUGCUCAAAUGCCUAGAAAUAUUAGAAAAAAAUAUUGAUUGGUUAAUAGAACAAAUUUUACUAUUAUCAUCUAUGAAAACUCCUAUUUAUGAUUAUUUUUUAUUUGAUUGUCCAGGACAAAUUGAGUUAUUUACUCAUCAUACAUCAUUAUUAAAUAUAAUUCAUAAAUUAUCUCAAAAAAAUAUUGACAAAUCUUUCAAUGGUAUCAAUAUGGUUGUUGUAAAUCUUGUAGACUCUACAUUUUGCCUUGAUUUGGGUAAAUAUGUUGCAUCAACUUUAACAUCUUUAUCAACUAUGCUAUAUUUGGCACAGCCACAUGUUAAUAUACUUUCCAAAUAUGACUUAAUUGAAAAGGAGUUGGAUAAGAAGGAUAAUCUACACUUUGACUUCUCAUAUUUUACAGAUGUCUUGGAUUUGUCACAUUUAGUCCAAUGUUUAGAUGAUGAUCCAUUCUAUUCAAGAUUCAAAAAACUCAAUACAGUUAUAUGUGAAGUGAUUGAAGGUUAUAGCUUAGUUUCAUAUGUUCCAUGCAAUAUAAAUGAUAAACUAAGUGUAGCGAGAUUGGUCAAAAUAUUGGACAAGGCCUUAGCUUACCCAAGAUUAUAUUCUUCCAAGAAUCCGGAAAGAAGUGAAAACUCUUUGGAGGAAAUUUUUAUACUUCCUUCUUCCGAUAAAGACAUAAAGGCCAAACGAGACAUUCAACGGUCGAAGGAUUCUGAGGGAGAUAUUUUAUUUCCGGUUUUAUUCGAUCCUGAAACAUCCAAACUUUUUAACGACAUAAAUUUUUUCCAAAAUUCGGUAAAUUCAAAUCGCGCCAGCACUGGCAAGCUUGAGAAGGCGGAAGAUAUCCUGGAAAAUUUUUUAGAAGAUAUUAAAUCAAAGAAUUGAUUUUAUUCCUUUUUUUUUCUUCAAAUUUAUUUGUGUACAUAAAUCGA